AUGACGCGUGUGCAGCACGCACAGGCCUCGAAGCGGCGCUCAACGCAACAGCAGCAGGAGUUCGUUGGCUUCGUGGAUGAGCUGCUCCUGCUGCGCCAUGGGGAGCGGCUGGACCAUGUGGAUCGGGCAUGGAGGGCCACCUCGCUGCUUCCAGAGGCCGAUCCCCCACUCUCUGCUGCCGGUCGACGGCAGGCCCUUGAGACGGGGCUCAUGUUUUUGCAGAAGCGAAAGCACAGGAAGGUGCGGCAGCGGGCGUUGGGGAUGCUUUCGCUGCUGCUUAUCUCCCCCUUUCACCGCUGCAUUGAGACCGCCCUCAUUGUGAACAUCGUUGGCUUCGAUGGUAAGCUUGCCAUGUUUAUCGAUCCCCUGUUGUCCGAGUGGCACUCUACAAAGUUGUUCUCCCGUCCACCGAGGUUGGGUGGUAGCUACAAGCUCACCAGAGAAAUGAUCACCUUCCGGCCACAGUGGGAGGCGUUGGGUUCAUCUUUGUGGACAUUUUUUCGUUCCGCUGGGAAUGGCACGGAGUACGGCAUUGAUGAUGUUAUGACCACGCGAUGGCUCUCUGUACUUGAAACACAGUACGCACAGAAUCCUUCCUUUCUUGUAUGGACCUCCGUGUUAAUGCAGGAGUCGUUGCGUCGGAAUUUGCACUCGGAGAGUGGUGUGGUGCAGCGCGUUUUGGGCGGCACCAGUCGCAGUGACCUCAGUGGUAUCAACUACCCAGAGAACACGAAACACAUGCUGCGUCGAGUCGGGGAGGCUGUGGAACUGCGUUUUGACGCCAAUGCAGGGGAGACUGCUGGCGUGCCCGCGUGUGUCAAGGCGGCCGAAGAGCAGGAGGCGAAAUAUCUCCCUCGCCGAUUCACACAUCGACCAAGGAUGGCGUCAGCAGGAGGAGCGACAAGUGAAGAACGUGCGGUGCUUUUGCCCCCCGCCCGUAUUAUGAUGGUGACACAUGCGGAGGUGGUGGCCAUGGCACUGAAGCAUUGCUGCCCCAAGCACCACAGCCUGGACAGCCGGUUUUCUGUUCCGUACUGCAGUCUCACGUCUCUGUCGCGCGUGAAUGAUUACUACUGCGCCCUCGACGACGGGGCACCGGAUGCGCGGGGGCCUCGAAGGGCAUCCGAGAAGUCCUGGUGUGUGGGGACGGUGGGGUCAACUGCACAUCUGCAGACAACCAUUCUCCUCCGUUAG